AUGUCUAAUCAAGAAUACAGAUUAGCCGAUACUGCGGGAUUUGAUUCACUUAAAUUACACAAAUCAUCGAUUCCUCAGCCAAAUCCAGGUGAAAUUCAAAUCAAAUUUCGUGCUUGUUCUCUUAACUAUCGAGAUCUAAUCAUUAGUAAAGGAUUAUAUCCAUUACCAAUGGAAACAAAUGUUGUACCAACAUCUGAUGGAGCUGGUGAGAUUACAGCUGUAGGUGCAGGUGUUACACAUUUGAAAAUUGGUGAUCGUGUUUCACCUCAUUCUCCUCAAGGUUAUAUUGGAGGACAAAUCUCAGAAGAAGCAUUUUCAUUCGCUCUUGGAGGCGCACUUGAUGGUUGUCUUCGUCAAUAUGGAAAUUUUCAAGCUCUAAGUUGUGUGAAAAUUCCAACUUCACUUUCAUACGAAGAAGCAGCAACAGCAUUAAAACCUGGUCAAACUGUUCUUGUCCAAGGUACUGGCGGUGUAAGCCUUUUUGGUGCUCAAUUUGCAUUGGCAGCUGGAGCAAAAGUCAUCUUAACUUCAUCAUCCAAUAAGAAAAUUGACGCUAUUAAAACACAUCUCGGAGAAAAGAAUGUCAUGACAAUUAAUUAUUCGGAAGUUUCUGAAUGGGGUAAGCGAGCAAAAGAACUAACGGAUGGAAGAGGUGUUGAUCAUAUUCUCGAAGUUGGUGGAGCAAAUACGUUAAAACAAUCAAUUGAAGCAAUUGCAAUGAAUGGUUCCAUUCAUGUUAUUGGAUUUCUUGGUCAGGGGAAUGGAUCUGAUAUGACUGUAUCCGAAUUGAUUAUGAAUGUACUAACAAAAAAUGCUUUUAUUCGCGGAGUUCUCAUUGGUAGUGUUGAACAAUUCAAGGCAAUGAAUGCUGCUAUUGAAGCAAAUGAUAUUAAACCAAUUAUUGAUAAAAUUUUUGAAUUUGAAGAUGUUAAAAGUGCUUAUGAAUAUCAAUGGUCACAACAACAUGUUGGAAAAGUUGUCAUUCAAAUACCACAAUAA